UUUGGUUCAGAGCAAAUCUUAGCUGUAUAGUAUUUUCUCUUUUCCUUCAAUUCGAGAAACUGUCUACGAAGGUUUCCCUUUUUCGUCUAAGUUUGAUUCAGUUCUUGUUCGCCCUUCUUCUUGAAGGUGUGCUGUCUUUUUUGGUUAGCUGGAAGGAAUUGGCUGAAGCAAUGCAGUUAUAUCAUCAUCCAUACUCAUUAGACAGCCAAAGAGUGAGACUAGCUUUGGAAGAGAAAGGCAUUGAUUACACAUCAUACCAUGUGAAUCCCAUCACUGGCAAGCACAUGGACCCUUCCUUCUUUAGGAUGAAUCCCAACGCCAAACUUCCCGUCUUCCGGAAUGGUUCUCACAUCAUUUUGGACACUAUUGAGAUCAUAGAGUAUUUAGAGAGAAUAGCUGAGGUUUCUUCUGGUGUAGAAGAUGCUACUUUUGGUAGAGAAGUUCUUGAAUGGAUGCGGAAGAUUAGGGAAUGGGACUCCAAGCUUUUCACUCUUGCCCACAUACCGGAUAAUCGUCGCCUUUAUGUUUCCAAGUUCUUGAGGAUGGUUGUCAUUGCAAGGAUGGCUGAGUCUCCAGACUUGGCUAGUGCCUACCAUAGGAAGCUAAGGGAAGCAUAUGAUACAGAAGACAAACUAAAAGACCCUGGGGCCUUAAGAAGAAGCAAAGACCAUUUGCUUAGGCUUCUAGAUGAGGUUGAAACAAAGUUAGAAGGGACAACGUACGUGGCAGGGAAUGAGUUUAGUAUGGCUGAUGUAAUGCUAAUCCCGGUGCUAGCUCGGUUAUCACUGUUGGAUUUAGAAGACGAGUAUAUAAGUAGUAGGAAGAAUCUUGCUGAGUAUUGGAUUAUUGUGAGAAAGAGACCAAGCUACAAGAAGGACAUGGCUUGUAGAGUUGAGAAAAAGACAUUUACCUUUGAUCACCUACAAAAUAUGAGAAGAAUAUGUAAUUAAGAAGUUUGGGAUGCAAAGAUUUCAGGGUAACUUUAAAAACUUCUUUUGCAGAAGAUAAUAAAGAAUGUGGUUUGCUUUUACAAUGAAAUGUGACCUUUUAAUUAUAGUAGAAACUUUUUUGCUUUUGGUCAUAAACAAAAGAAUUUAGAAUA